UUUUUUGGAAUAUUUUCAAUCUUGACAAGUUUUUUAGAACAGGGCAGACGUCGAUUGCCGAACAUUUUUAUAGAUUUUUUGGCAUUACUAACAAGAAUUAAGACAAUAUUGUACACAAUAUGCUUAUUGUUUAUCUAUUACUCGUUCGAUGAAGUUGAAAUGCAAAAGAGCUCUAGCUUCGAAAGAAUAAAUGUUCCAGCGGCUGCAAAUGUGAAGAAUCGACGUAACAAGAAGACUACAAGACGCAGUUACUCAUCCAAGUCUAGAUAUUUAAACAGAAGUCCAAAUAGAGUGGCUCAGCAUAUAUAUGAAAGAUAUCACAUAAUAAUAAAGCCAAAGGUAUUGAGGAGCAGUUCCUUGUCGGAUCUUAGCCCACAGACAAGUGAUUUCUCACUGGAACAUUUUAAGCCCAGUAACGUCUGCGUUUGUCAACACUCGUCAAACUUUUGCAACAGUUUCGGUGACGCUAUAGAUACUUACUGGUCCAAAUACAACGAAUUUAUGUCGUGGAAUAUAAAGGGAAAGAAGUCAAAAAAAAAGUUUGACGGGAUGACGCCGGAGACAUAUGGUUCGAGAUACGCCAGUGACUUUCUUGGAUAUAAAAAUGACCCCAUGUCUUCAUGUGCUGAUAACAGUUCCUAUAGUACAGAUGAAGUGUCCGACGCUCAGGCAAAGCUAGCAGCUUUUCCUUUCAAGCAGACACCGAGUGGAAACUUGAAAGUGCGAUCUAAUCAGGUAGUGUUUCAGUCUUCUACUGUUGGUGUUCUUCUAGCUGAUCCAACUCAAGCCAAGGUGAAAGUCAAAUUUGAAGGGAAUUCUGAUGAAACUGGACUUGAUUUAGAUAAUGUAUUUGAAGAUGACCCCCAGCUUCAGUAUGGACCUAAAGGAAAUGUGCAUGCACCGUUAGUUAUGCAAAUGCCAAGUCCGAUAGACAGAAAUAUAAAGGAGCGAACUCAUAGCAGAAAUCAGAAUAAAGGCAAGGAUUUAGAUACUCUUGGAUACGGACAAACGGGGCCAAUCGAUUGGAUGCGUGUACAGUUACCGAAAAAGCAAGACCUUUUCCAAGAAUUCUAUCGGAGGAUACAUAAUUACAUUAAUACAGACUGCUUGAUACAUAUUGGUCAGGAGAAGUUUCGGUGUCACCGCAUUGUACUUCAGGUUUAUUCCAUGUUCUUCGUGAAGAAUACCCAAACCGAGCUGGAGUUACCUGUUCAAAAUGUAACUCCAGAAGCAUUCCAAGCUAUUUAUGAAUGGAUGAUCUCUUGCAUUACUGAAAGCAGCAAAGUGUUGAACAGAAACAAUAUUCUAGAACUUAUGUGUGCUUCUCAAUAUUUAUCAAUUAAAGAUCUGGAGGAACAAUGUUGGGCUUGUAUUACGAACGAAGAUAUAUUCAACGAAGAUACGGCGUUUUAUUUGUACAGAGAAGCAAGAGUGAAGGGCAUGACGCACAUAAUGGAAGUGAUGAUUCCGCGUGUGAGAAAGUUUUUCAUACCUCUCGUGGCUUCGAAUGAUUUUCUUGAUCUAGAACCAGACGAAGUGAUGACAUUUUUAAGAUCAAAUUACGUUUGCGUUACAAGCGAGAUAGAAAUACUGCUUUCUGGAGUAAGAUGGCUCAAGGAAGACUGGUCCUCACGAAAGCGAUAUACAGUGGAUGUGAUGAGAUGUGUUCGCUUUGGCCUGAUCUCUCCUUGGCAACUUGUGGACAUCAAACGGAAUCCAGACAACGCUGAGAUACUGGAGGUGGUAAAUGAACCUGAGGUUCAACAGAUGGUAGACGAUGGCUUGGCGUAUGUCAUCAUUAAGUACUGGUAUGGAAACAGCUCUAAGAACUACUACCACUGGAUCGAUGUACUGGGUCUCACAGAACCAUCAGAACGAAACUGGAUGGGUGAAGAAAAGAAUCACGUAACUUACAAGGAAUUUCUGAAAUACCUGGAACUGUUCACGAUUCCUAAGGACCAAAUGUAUCAACAGAUGAGUAUGAUGCCGCCUCGAAGAAAUGAGGAUGGGCCUGGCAGCUUUCGAAGCAAAGAGGAUAAAAUGGAAAUGCGAAGACCCAACAUAGAAUUUCCUUCGCCUGCUACAAUAAUGGGCCUUUCUGACAGGGAAAAGUUUCCGGGAAUGUAUGAAUUUCUAGAAACACGGCAAAGAAGUGGAAAGAGCCCAGAACGUACCCCAAUGGGCUCUCCGCCACAAUUGGACUCCGUGCACCAAGCGGCUAAUAUUCAGAACGCCAGUCCCGAAGUUAAUAAAAAAUCAAGACAACCUAUUAACUCAUGUGGACUGAACGAGCCACCAGAAAAAGAGUCUGAAGAUGGUGACACCAUAAACAGUGACGUCAGCUCCGACACAAUCAAUACCAAUGUAACAGCUACGGAUCGCGGAAAGAGAAACCGCGGGGAGAGGAGACCCAGCGUUGCAGCCUGCUAUUUAGCCGCAGCUACCUCUGCACUUGCUAGCACCACUAAAAAAGGGAGCUCGUCUCCUGUACGUAAUCUACAUACCAUGAGUAGUACAUCAUACUCCGUGCAGGGGGCAGGCGCCUCGCCACCAUCGCAGUACGCAGCCGCCUUCAGCAGCCCACAAGUGUCACUGUUCAAUGAAUCCAAGGAGUCACUUGCACGAGCCAAUAUGAAUAAGUUGUCCGCGUCAAUACUUGGUCCGUCGAACAAGAAAUAUAUAGCUGAUGGGUCCCUCUUUAAUUGGGACCGAGAGACGGUCCUUGUGUUUGGAGGUACUGACCCCCACAGUCCUUAUGGAGUUGCGGGUAACACUGGCAAAGACAUAUACAGAUUCGACCCAGUGUCUAAUAGUUGGGAGAGUGUAGGAGAACUUCCAGAACCAAGGCAUCACCACUCUGUAGCUUUCUUACGAGGAAGAGUAUUCCUAGUCGGAGGUGCAGACCCUCGCGAGGAUGACUUACGAGGGAAGUCUGUGGUGGUGUCGACUGUAUGGAGCUACGAACCCGUAACUCGGUCCUGGUUCAGCGAAUCUGGUCUCGCAAUACCCAGGAAGAACUUCGGCCUGGUUGUGCAUAAAAUGGCCCUGUACGCCAUCGGUGGUCAAGACAAGAAAGGGAGAGUGCUUCGAUCAGUGGAAAAGUUCGAUCCAAAAACUGGGUUCUGGACGGAAGUGAAGUCGAUGAGUGUUGCUAGAAUGGCAGUGGCGUCAGUCAAGUACAGGGAGUACAUCUGGGUGGCCGGCGGAAUGACGGGCGAGAAGAAGAGACCAGUGUGCAAAAUUGUUGAAUGCUACAACUCGAAGACCAACGAAUGGACGAUGAUACACAACCUGCGAUUCCCGAGGUGUUUCGCGACUCUGUUCUCUAUGAACGACAGAUUGUAUAUUGUUGGCGGUGCGGGCAAAGUCAACGAUAAGGACAAAACACCUAGCAGUGUUGGAGCCAUUGAUGUCUGGGACUGGAAACAGCGGCAAUGGAAUCAGGAGACAGAAAUGUCGAUACCUAGACAUGGUCAUGCAUUGGCGUAUCUUGGCACUCAGCUCAUCAUUAUUGGUGGUGUUACUACGAUAUAUAUGCGCGCGUUGAGCAACGUGGAGUCUUUCUGCUGCGAACGUGCUGCGUGGAUCCGGGGCGUGGCAAACCUUCCAUCACCUCUAUCCGGCCAUGGUGCUGUCACCUUACCACCAGCUUCUCUUAUGUGACAGAACUGCACUUCCAAACUCUUCAUUAUCAUCUCCUUAAUAUUCCACCUUAUUCUUUCACAAGUAUGCGAACUUCUUGAUGAGUUGUUCACGAUGAAAAUUUAGGGCGUGUUUUUUGCUUAUUUUCUUCUAAUACAUGCCCACCUACAAUAUUUAGUAGAAAGCCAGAAAAAUUACAAUGCCGGCUUGCUUUUGGCAUGUUAUUAAAUUGUUAUGUAAUUCUACUUAACUAAAUUAAAGGUUAAAUCUUAUUAAAUUUAAGUUAUUCGAAUAAUAUUUUCUGGAGAAAUAGAAUGUCUGUCUGUUGAUAGUUUUGGCGCUGCAGGAAAUUUUAUGUGCAAACUGCUAACUAUUUUUACGGUAUUUUGUCUACUUUCAAAGUUAGGGUUGCUAUCAGAUUAGAAUAAUUUAAAAUCUCUUAUGAGUUUGUGAACUGGUAAAUUGUGAGAGUAAAAAUGUAAAAAUAUGUAAAGCAAAUAAGAAUAAUUUAUGGGAAAAAUAAAAAAUAAAUUGAU